UAUUCACCGGAGCUGCGCGCAGCAUCCACAAGUCACAUCAUAAAUAGUGCAGCUGAGCAGAGAGAGAGCCAGUACUCAGUGGCAGAGACCGGUGUUGGAGCUGGUGCCGUGGAGCAUCUGAAGGGAAUUCUCCUCAGAGAGGGCUCGGAGCUCCCACUUACUCUUCACACCAUGGAUGUCCUGAAAAAAGGCUUUUCGUUCGCCAAGGAAGGAGUUGUGGCCGCGGCAGAGAAAACCAAGCAAGGCGUGCAAGACGCAGCGGAGAGGACGAAAGAAGGGGUUUUGUAUGUAGGCACCAAGACAAAGGAAGGCGUUGUACAUAGUGUGAACACAGUGGCUGAGAAAACCAAGGAACAAGCCAACAUGGUUGGAGGGGCAGUGGUGGCUGGAGUCAACACAGUAGCCAACAAGACGGUGGAAGGAGUGGAGAAUGUGGCAGCAGCUUCUGGGGUGGUGAAAUUGGAUGAACAUGGUAGAGAAAUCCCUGCAGAACAGGUGCCUGAGGGAGAACAGACCUACGAGGAACCCCUGGUGGAAGCUACAGAGGCAACUGAAGAGACUGGAAAAUGAGAAGCUGCUGAUUUCUCAGAAGAUUCUGGGUGCACGCCCUCUCCCCCAAACCUUCACACCAGUGUUGCCACAAAGAAUCAAGGACCAGAGGGUCACCACUGUUGUAGCUGAUGAUAAAGUAGAAAAGCUGCUCCACGUCCUUGCAUUUACAGUCACUCAGUUGCUCUCAUCCUGUGUCUCCCUCAGUGGCCAAUGUACCAGAGUCCCGUAAAUAACAGGCUGCUGAUCAUUCCACCACAAUCUCCUUGUCUGUCUCACCUUCAUGGAUGCACUCCCAAGCCUGCUUCUAGUCACCUGAUUACACCAACGUUGCAACUUGUGGUAGUGCAAUGCAUGUUUUUCACUGGCUUUGUGUGUGGCAUUUAACUGUUACGAGCACUUGCAGAUUUUAUAAUAAAUAUCAAAAUUAAAAUAAACUUUAAUAGGGUAAGGAU